AUGGCUCAACCGCUGAUCUUAUGGUGUGGCAUCGUCUGUUCAUUGUUCGAGUCCUCCAUGUUCAUCUUCGUCUUCAACUGGACCCCGGUGCUGAUGAAGGUGGGCGAGCCGGAUCCGCCUUUCGGGCACAUCUUCGCGGGUUUCAUGAUCUUCUGCAUGCUAGGCCUGCCAAAGACUCAAGCACGUUCUUCUGCGAUGUUUCACCAGCGUCAUGGGAUGUACACCCUUAUCGUGGCCGCGCUGUGCCAUGGGAGCAUCCUCUUCGUCGACUCUGAGUCUAUUCACUUGCUAGCAUUCUUCAUCUUCGAGAUGUGCGUGGGCAUCUACUUUCCCAUGAUGGGCACUAUGAAGGGCCAGAUCGUUCCUGAGUCCAAGCGCAGUACCAUCUACAAUCUCUAUCGCGUUCCCCUGAAUGCGAUUGUGGUGCUGACGUUGAUCCUCAAGCUUGGCGAGGGCAUCUCAUUCAUGGUCCA